GAAGGGUACUCGAUAACUAAUCAAUAAUAAUAUAUACAUAGAGAUCAUUUAGAAAUGGAAGACGACGCGGAGGUGGUGGUGCAAAACAAGCAAGUGAUAUUCAAAGACUACAUCAUCAAUAAUGGCUCUCUAAAAGCGUCCAACAUGGCCGUUACUUGUGAUGCCACCAUCCGCUUGGAGCUGCCCAACAAUGAAGACGGUCUUAUUUUGACCAAAAAUCUCUAUUUGUCAUGUGACCCCUACAUGAAGAAUCGUAUGCUUGAGAGCAUGCAAGGAAAAUUUAACGAUUCUUUCCAAUUUGCUCUUGGCUCGCCCGUAAGAGGAUUUGGAGUCGCUAAAGUUUUGGAUUCAAGUCACUCUAAAUUUACAAAAGGCGACUUGAUAUGGGGACCAAUUAAUUGGGAAGAAUAUAGCUUGAUCAAAGAUACACAAGCUUUAAUAAAGAUUCAUUACACUGAUGAUGUUCCUCUUUCUUAUUAUACAGGAAUUCUAGGCAUGACUGGAUUGACGGCCUAUGUUGGUUUUUAUGAUAUUUGUUCACCAAAGAAAGGAGACACCGUGUUCGUGUCUGCAGCAUCUGGAGCCAUUGGUCAACUUGUUGGGCAAUUCGCGAAACUCCAUGGUUGUUAUGUCGUCGGAAGUGCUGGAUCUGAUGAAAAGGUUGAUCUACUUAUGAAUAAAUUUGGAUUCGAUGAAGCAUUCAACUACAAUAAAGAGGAAGAUCUUAGUGCCACUUUGAAAAGGUAUUUCCCAAAUGGUAUUGACAUUUACUUUGAGAACGUUGGGGGGAAGAUGCUCGAUGGAGUACUACCCAACAUGAGAUUACAUGGCCGCAUUGCUGCAUGUGGGAUGAUCUCACAAUCCAACCUUGAUAAACCUGAAGGCAUUAACAACCUCGUAUUCCUAAUCUAUAAACGCAUACGAAUGGAAGGGUUCCAGGUUUCGGAUUAUUUUCACUCGUAUCCUAAGUUUACGGAAAUGAUACUGCCUCUCAUUAAAGAAGGGAAAAUAACCUACGUCGAGGACAUUGUCGAAGGGCUCGAGAAUGCCCCAAGCGCCCUAGUAGGUUUGUUUACCGGCAAUAACAUUGGAAAACAAGUUGUCGUCAUAUCUCAUGAAUAAGUUAAGCAUCAUCAUAUUUUCUCAUUACAAUAUACUACCUCCGUCCCACUAAAAGUGUUCAUUUUUAUUUUGUCAAAGUCUUUCCUUUGUAUUUUUGACCAUAAAUAUCUUUUAUUGCAUUAUAUAAUAUUUGAUGAAAGUUAUACUCAAUGAAACAUAUCGAAAGCUCUAUCAACUCAUAUAACUUUUAUCAAAUAUUAUACAUAAUAAAUGAAAAAUAUUUAAGGUCAAAGUUGUGAGACAAAGACUUUGAAAAUUCAAAAGUGGACACUUUUGAUGAGACGGAGAGAGUAACUGCUUUUAUCAUGACUCGUGCCUCAAGUUAUUUUUUUAUUUUAAUAAUAAAAUUAUUGUGUCCUUAUAGUUUAUUAAGUGUA